GAUUUAUCACAUCAUAAAUUGGUUUAAAUGAUUGAAAAUAAAUAAAUAAUUGAAUUCGCGAUGAAACAUUGUAUAUUGCACGUUUCCCAUGUAUAAGAGUAUAAUAAUAUACGAUGUUUGAACAAGAAUAACACUGUGUAAUUCACCUGACUUUUACAACAGGAAAAAACCUUCUGCAUGCUGAAACAUGACUACAAAGUCCGUACUGGGAAUAACCAGUACGAAGGGUUUUUAGUGGAUCUUAUCAAGGAGGUGGCGAACAUGCUAAACUUUCAGUACGAUAUUUAUCUCGUCCACGACGGAAAGUUUGGAUCAAAAAAGGCCGACGGGAACUGGAAUGGAAUGAUUGGAGAGCUUAUUUCAGGGAAUGCAACCUUGGCGUUGGGGCUACUUAGCAUCACCUCACAGCGUGAAGAAGCCGUGGAUUUCACAAAACCAUUUAUGAUAAGAUACAUAACCGUGCUUAUGAAAGUAACCAAAUCAACGACCUCGUACUUCGAGUUUUUAAACCCUCUCCAUCCCUUUGUGUGGUUCUGUACCAUAGGUGCCCUUCUCUUUGUCAUUAUAGUUUUGUAUGUCUUAGAGCGAAUUGGAAACAUCAACCGGACCGACUACCCUUCUAUCAGCUUCAAAGAAUGUUUCUGGUUUGUCUUCGGGUCCCUUUUGCAUGGUAGUACUGAUGCCUCUCCGUCAACCCUUUCUGGGCGUAUAUUAACGGCCUCGUGGUGGUUCUUUGCUUUAAUUCUCAUUUUAUCGUAUACGGCCAAUUUGACCGCUUUUCUUAGUGUAAAGACAAUAAAUACUCCCAUAAAGACAGUGACAGACUUAGCAUCUCAGACGAGGAUCAAGUAUGGUACUGUAAAAAGCAGUGGUACAAGUGGCUUUUUAAAGAACACAGAUAUUGAGCACUUCGCUAAGAUGUGGGCCCAAAUGUCAGAAAUCGAACCAUCUUCAAUGGUGGACACGAGCGAGGUAGGCUUCAAGAAAGUCAAGGAAGGGAAUUACGCUUUCAUUUGGGAUACUACCGUCAACAAAUACAAAACCAUCGAGGAUUGCGAUUUAAUGGAGAUUGGGCCACCGUUCGACCCACAAGGCCUUGGGAUCAGUGUUCCAACCGGGGCAACAUAUACAGAAGAAUUUUCAAUGGCGAUUCUAAAGCUUAAUGACACUGGAAGAAUAAGCGAGAUGGAGAGAAAGUGGUGGGUCCACAGGAACUGCCCCGAUUAUUCCAAUCCAUCUACAGACAAGACUUCAGGAUUGCAGAUUGAGAAUGUGGCCGGCGUCUUCUUCAUACUUGUUGGAGGAGUCGCCAUCGCAGCUGUCCUGUGCCUUGGGGAUUAUAUUGCUAAACGAAUAUUAAAGAGUGUCAAAAAGGAAAAGGUUCAUGCCAUCUCUCCGGAAGGCGAUGAUAUUUGA